AUGGGUCUCGUAACUCCUCCAAUUUCCACCCCAACCACAACUCAGGUCAUGGCUCCUAUCGCCACCAAGGGUCUCGAAGCAACAAUCGCCAGCCCUCCUUUCAAUCCAGAGGUCCAAAUAUCACUUGCUAGCUUUGUGAUCAACAAGGACACACAGCCCAAAACAACCUAUCAUCACGGUCUUCCUAUGGACCUAUAUGGCCAACCAUACAACUGCUCAAUGAUUUCAAAACCAAAAUUGGCUUGUCGACUCGGGUGCGUCCCAUCAUGUGACCAUUGA